AUGGGGUGCAACUUGAUUACCUUCCAGGACCUAGACUGGCUUGACAGGUGGCAGCCCUCCGAGUUCUUGGCUGCAGAUCCCAGUUUAGAAUCCUGGGUGGAGCUCAAGGAUGGGGAUCGCAACCACAGCAGGGACUUGCUGGUGAAAACCUACCAGCACCCCUUGAGGGCCUGGAGGAUACUGGACAGGGACAGUUCCAAUCGCAUUGCGUGGACCGAGUUCCGAGACGUUUGCCGGAAGGUGCGGUAUACCGGUGACAUCGUAGGUGCUUGGAGGGCCUUGGAUGCAGACAUGUCCGGGUAUAUCUCAAUGCGGGAGUACGACCCCGAGAGCGAAGAGCUUCUCACCUCCUUCAAGGAGUGGGCCGACUCCAACUUUGGGUCGGUGCGACACUGCUUCAAGGCCUUAGACAGCGACCGCAGCGGCUCGGUGACCUUUGCGGAGCUGAAGCGUGCCUGCCACAAGAUGAAGUGGGUGGGCAACGUGCGGACGCUCUUCGACUGCUUGGACAUCGACUCUGCCGACCGGAGAAACCGCGACGCCGCCACGGGAAAGCGGGCCAUCUCGUUGGAAGAGAUCGCCUUCCUGGACUCUUGGAACGUGGAGCCGCGGCCGGAGGUGGCUGAGAUGGAGGACACCGAGAUGGAACGUGUGUCUGUCCUGUCCGGACACUGUGUGGAGGACACUGUGUGUGUGUGUGUGUGUGUUGAACGUGUUUUUUUACUUCCCCGCCCUGUGGGUUCUCUGGUUCUCACGGUGCCCUCACUAUUCUUUGGGGACGAUCGAGACACCAACAUGUUGGAUCAUGUUCGAUGGUUGUUCCUCUUUCUUCCAGAGCACUGA